AUCAUUUAGAUAUCUAUAAGCAACGCGGUACGCGGCAGUUGCCGACCCGCCGCCGAGGGGGGUCGACGUAUCAGCUGAGCCGGUGUGCUGCAAUAAUAGUCGCGCAAUGCUCUAGUUAACACGGUCUCGUUAAUAUUGAAUUGUGAUCAUUCAUCGCACAUCAUUUGUAUACAGCGCUAACAUGAUUGUAUGCCGCAAACGAACUAAACUUUCAUUCAUCAAAAAGAGUUGACAAGUGAAAAUGAAAUGGAUAAAGUGUUUAAAAUGAUUAUGAACGUGGUAUUGUUUUGUUUAGUGAUGGGUGCGGCGCUUACAGAAGCGCCCGACGCAUCGGAUUGUGUUCGAGUGACCAAGGAGAGUGUGGAGUGCAAUGUGAGGACCCUGUCGUCGGACCGGGAUGUAGUCGGUUCGAUGCACUCGGAUGGCGCGGUAAAACUCGCUAUCAGUUGUGCCUCCGACCUUCUUGAGAGCACCCUAAAAGACCACCAGUUCGGAAAAAUGCAAGGUUUGGCAGAAAUCAAUAUCGCCAACUGCAAAAUACUUCGUCUUCCUGGAAAUGUCUUUGAAGGUCUUCGGGGCCUAAAGACGCUCUCUCUGCGUACAAUGAACAAUGAUUGGGGAUACAAUAGAGAACUGGAAAUGUCUUUUGGCGCAUUUAACGGAUUAAGAGAAUUGCAUACGUUGGAUUUGGCCCAGAACAACAUUAGGAAAAUCCCAUCAGAUUUAUUCUGCGCGCUCGAAAAUGUAAUAACCUUAAAUCUAACCCGCAAUAAAAUAAAGUUUGUUGAUGAAUUAGGCUUCGGUCACAAGUGUGGCUCUACAUUGCAGACUAUUGAUCUAAGCCACAAUGACAUCAUGUCUUUGCCGGCUGACUCUGAAAUAUUACAUUUGCGGCGGCUUACUCAGCUAUUCCUGCAAAAUAACAAAAUAAGCGAGCUACCUACAGAAGUUUUCAGCGACCUGCUAUCGUUAAAAGUUGUCAACCUAUCUGAAAACGCCAUAAAUUAUCUGCCAGAGGGUUUGUUUCAAAAUUCGAAGGAAAUUCGUGAAAUUUAUUUGAGGAACAAUGAACUGGAAUUAUUGCCGAAAAGGAUAUUUAACAGGUUGGAACAAUUACUCGUUUUAGAUAUUUCAGUGAAUAAAUUAAAGGGCGACCAAAUAGAAGUUGAAACAUUUGGUGGUCUAAUUAGAUUAAUUGUGCUAGAUCUGUCCAAUAAUGUUAUUGCUCGUAUAUCCAAAAAUAUGUUCAAAGAUUUGUUCUUCUUGCAAAUUCUUAACUUAAGCAACAAUUCCAUAGGAUUUAUAGAAGGCAAUGCAUUUUCCCCACUUUUUAAUCUUCAUACUUUAAAUUUGGGAUUAAACAAAAUACGAACAGUCGAAGAUCACAUGUUUAAUGGUUUAUUUAUUCUCAAUAAAAUGAAUCUCAAUAACAAUUUAUUGGCCUAUGUAAGCGAAAAUGCAUUCAAAAAUUGUUCCGAUUUAAAAGAGUUGGACUUAAGCUCUAAUAAAUUAACCGAAAUACCCGCAGCAAUAUUACAGUUGCCGUUUUUAAAAUCAUUGGAUUUAGGUGAGAAUUUAUUGACAGAGAUAACUAACAGUUCAUUUAAAAAUUUAUCACAGCUAACUGGCCUACGAUUAAUUGACAAUCAAAUAGGAAAUCUCACAGCCGGUAUGUUUUGGGACAUGCCUAGUCUACAAGUGCUCAAUAUAGCUAAAAAUAAAAUUCAGGCCAUCGGUACCGAAACCUUUCAGAAAAAUACUCAAUUGGAAGCCGUACGUCUAGAUACCAAUUUCAUAUCCGAUAUAAAUGGAGUAUUUGUGUCAUUGACAAAAUUGUUAUGGCUCAAUCUAUCCGAAAACCAUUUGGUGUGGUUUGAUUAUGCAUUUGUUCCUCCUAACUUGAAGUGGCUCGACAUCCAUGCGAAUUUUAUUGAAAUUCUAGGCAAUUACUAUAAAAUACAAAACCAGUUACGCGUGAGAACAUUGGACGUGAGUCAUAAUAGGAUAGUCUCGUUAGCGCCGUUAUCCAUACCGAAUAGUGUUGAGUUAUUGUUUGUAAACAAUAACGAAAUAACAAAUAUUGAGCCGGAUACCUUCACUGAAAAAACGAAUUUAACACGUGUCGAUAUGUAUUCGAAUAAAAUUGAAACUUUGGAUGCAAAUAGCUUGCGAAUUUCGCGAUCUUCUGAUAAAGAUAAAGCAUUACCACAGUUUUAUAUGAGCGGUAAUCCCUUUCGGUGUGACUGUACGAUGAAAUGGCUUUUACUCGUAAACUCCGUUUCUUCCCGACAGUAUCCCUACGUGAUGGAUUUGAAUAAUGUUGCAUGUAAAGAGUCGUAUGUUCGUGGUGCUAAAAACCAACCCGUCACUACACUACAUGCAAAGGAUUUUCUCUGCAAAUAUGACCAACAUUGUCCCGAAGAUUGUAACUGUUGUGACUUCACGUUCUGUAAUUGUAAAGCCGUGUGUCCCGUUGGUUGUUCCUGUUAUCAUGAUUCAACAAAGGCUACUAAUGUGGUUGACUGUUCCGCGAAACAAACUGAUACGCUGCCUCGUGACAUUCCCAUAGCUGCAACUCAUAUUUAUUUAGAUGGAAACUCUUACAUUGAAUUAAAUGAAACAAUUUUCGAAUUGAUACGAAAAGCUGUGGUAUUAUACCUCAACUCGAGUAAUAUAUUAAACAUAAAGAAUAAUACGUUUCGUGAAAUGGUUGACCUCCGAAUAUUGCAUUUAGACAAUAACAAAUUAAAACAGUUACAAGGCCUUGAGUUUUCCAAAUUGAACAACUUAAGAGAAUUGUACUUACAGAACAACGGUAUUGAGUUCAUUUCUAAUUUAACAUUCACACAUCUAAGCUCUUUAGAAGUUUUACGUUUGGACGGUAACAAACUCGUAAAUUAUGGCCUGUGGCAUUUAGACAAUAACAAAAAAUUACAAACGCUGUUUAUCGGUAACAACCUUUGGUCAUGUAAUUGUAAAUAUUUACAGGGCUUCCUUACGUAUAUAUCACAGAAUGUUGAGAAAGUUGUAGAUAUUCGUAGUUUGUGGUGCGCAAAUGAAAAAGAGAGUUUGUUGAAGAAGCCAUUGAAUCUCAAUAUUACAGCUUGUAGUGAAAUAAGUGACGGUUCGGUUAUAAGCGCGUUUUUCGUGUCUAACAAUAUACCAUUGUUGGCCUCAAUCCUCACUGGCUUCAUGCUUGUUUUAUUAAUAUUAGCUUUAGUAUUCACAUUUAGAUAUGCCUGCAGAAUGUGGUUAUACUCAAAUUGCGGCAUUAAGCUCUCUCCCCUAGCGAGCGCCUUUAACGACGCUGAUAAGCUUUAUGACGCUUAUAUUUGUUAUAGCCCCAAAGACGAAGAGUUCAUUAUAGAAACGCUGGCGCGCGAGCUUGAGAACGGCUAUCCGUCGUACCAUCUAUGUCUGCAUUAUAGAGAUGUUCCACAAUUCGAAGCGACAUACGCUCAAUUCCCCGACUUGGUAGUCGAAGCGACCGAAGCCUCGCGGCGCAUUAUAGUGGUUCUAACAAAGAAUUUUAUCUUAACUGAGUGGUCUCAGAUAGAAUUCCGACAAGCCUUACAGCGAGCGCUUCGUAAGAAUCCACACAAAUUAUUAAUUGUCACCGUAGGGCCCGUGCCGCGCGAUCCGGAAUUGAAGUCGUAUUUCAAAACUGGUUUAGAGAUAACAUGGAAGGAGAAACGGUUUUGGGAAAGGUUACGGUACGCGAUGCCGUCGUCGAAGCGUCGCGGUCACAAGUUAAAAAGACUCAAUUACGGGAGAAACUCAAAUACGUAUACAAUGGACGCUUCGGUAUUGAACAGCACGUGUCAAACGCUUUGCGGCAAGUCUGCAAACUCCGCUGAGAGAUCUCCCUGCGACCGGCCACUGUCUGAACAUAUAUAUUCAACAAUUGAUUCUGAUUACCCGUCUAAUGACAUCCAAGGUCGCCACAAUCACCAACAAUCUGUUAUUCUCCAACACACUGUACAAACCUACCUGGUAUGAGCAAUGUGUAUAUUGUAAGUAGGAAUGUUAUAGAUCUCAUUUUGAUAAUGGAUAUUGGUAGGCAUGUUCGCUUUGUUAAUUUUGUGAAUGGAAUGUGUCGUUCCAUGUUGUUAAAUGUAAAUAAACGUCAUAGUGUUAAUAGUUGUGUAACUUUUGUACAAUAACGAUACCAAAUUUCGCAUUUCAAAACGAUUUGCUUAUUUAUUAAAUUUGUUUGAAAUGAAAUUUUUGUAAGUAUUAAUUUGAAAGACUGUAAAUUAUUGUAGAUUUUAUGAAUAAUGGCUGAUGUAUGUAUAGAUUAAAAAUAAAAUGUUUAUAACUUG